AUGGCUGUUGUCAACCUUCGCCGACUUCAUCACUGGGCACUAGAUCCCCGCGAAAUCGCCCAGCGAUGGAUCACGAACCUCGGGAUCCCAUUAAAGAACCCCAAGCAUGAGCUCACGAAGCUUGCAGAGCUCUUUCAUGAGGACUCUUGGUGGCGAGACAUGCUUACUCUCGACUGGGGCUUUCACGCGAUUCACAAACUCCCAGAGAUCCAACGUCAGGUCGGCCGUGGUACGGGCGUGCUUCGUCUCACCCAAAACGAGGCAGGGGUCUGGAAAGCAUAUUCGAUCUACACGACCCAGCAAGAGUUAGACGACUUUGAAGAGCCGCUCGGCUUGCGACGGGCUGAGGAGACAAUUGAAACGAUGUCGGGGGGGCUGAGAAAAGGCAACUGGAUUGAACGGCGUCAGAAGCAGGUCGAGUUCCAGGAUGAAGAGCCCGCAGAGCUCCUCGUUGGUGCCGGCCAAGCUGGUCUCAAUAUAGCUGCUCGGCUGCAGUCGCGCGGUGUCUCAUGCUUGGUCGUCGACCGCAACAAGAGAAUUGGGGACAGCUGGCGAACCCGCUAUAGAACUCUAGUGACACAGGAGCCCGUCGAAUACACGCACAUGGCAUACCUCCCCUUCCCACGCAACUGGCCCCAAGAUAAUCCCAAAGACAAACUCGCCGACUGGUUCGAAGCCUACGCCAGCAUCAUGACACUGAACGUCUGGCUUCCAACAAGCGUCAACUCCGCCUCCGACGACGACGCCAAAGCACAAUGGACCGUCACCCUUGCCCGCGGCGCAGACGCAUCCGAGCGAGUCCUGCACCCGCGUCACAUCGUCUGGUGUACCAGCCACUCUGGAGAACCCAAGAUCCCCACUUUCCCAAGCCAGGACUCAUUCAAAGGAACCGUCUACCACAGCAGCCAGCACCACGACGCCGGGCACGACAUCGCACAGAACUUCUACGAGAACGGCGCGGAGGUAACCAUGCUCCAGCGCAGUGGCACCUAUGUCACAACAUCCGAGCAGGGGGUGCUGAUGGCGCACGAGGGCCUUGCACGAGGAGAACGGGUUCGUGAUCGUCCUCACACACUCUUCCUCGACGGCUUAACGGCCGCCGGGUUCGCGCUCGACGCCGGAGUCGAGGGGUCAGGGCUCUUCCGCACGUUCAUAACCAAGGCUGCUGAGGCGGGGCUGGCGUAA